AUGACGACCACGAUAUACGAUCUUGGACCGGACCUGGUAGAGGAAAAGAUACUCGCCAAGGUUCCGAUAACAUCUCUGCGAGCAGUGCGAUCCACCUGCAAAUUGUGGCACACUUUAACCAAAGAGUGGGUAUUGGGCAGAGGAGCAGCAAGGCAGCAGUUUUUGGGGUUCAUGACGUUGGACUUAAAGGUUUUUUCAGUCAGAUUCAAUCUCUGCCGCAAGGAAGAAGAAGAAGACUUGGUUGAUCUAUCUAUAAAGAAGGUAGCUUCACUUGAACAAGUUCUCGAGAUAUCUAAAGUCAUUCACUGCGACGGCUUAUUGUUAUGCCUCACUGAGGACAAGUCGGGCUCUUUGCUUUGGAACCCUUAUUUGGGGCAAACAAGGUGGAUCGAACCAAGAACAAGUUUCCACACUGCAGAUAGGUAUGCUCUCGGAUAUGACAAGAACAAGAACAACCAUAACCACAAAAUCUUGAGGUUUCUUGAUCGAAACUCGGACGGUUUUGGCUAUGAAAUCUACGACUUGAGCUCUGGUUCAUGGAGAGUUCUUGACGUCAGUGUCAGUCCCUACUGGGAAAUACAGUAUCAUCAGCGUAGCAUAUCUUUGAAGGGAAACACCUACUUUUUUGCUCAAGAAAAGGAUCCUAACUCUGGUGGAGAAUGGAUACAAGAGAUUGAAGAUUUCUUAAUCUGUUUUGAUUUUACAACAGAGAGUUUCGGGCAGCGUCUGCCUCUCCCGUUUCACUCUUAUACUAAUCCCCACGCCUGGGAUGUGACUGUGACUCUCUCAUGUGUUAGAGAUGAACAGCUCGCGGUGCUACAUAACCAGGGUGAGUAUUCAUUUAUAUUUGGCAUAUUGGAGAUUUGGGUUACGACUAGUAUUGACCCCAACGCCGUGUCCUGGAGCUGAGACAAUAUGUUGGUAAAAGUUCGGUUUUACCUUGAAGCUGGGAGCUUUUUUGUUGACGAGGAAGAGAAACUCGCUGUGGUUUUCGAUUUAGACAGAUACGAAGGCACCAAUAUUGCCCGGUACCUUACUGUGUACUCUGGAGAAGAUGGCAACUUCAGAUUUGACUUCGGAGAAGCCCCCAAUGUCGAUGGAGAACCUUACUGCGUGGGAGAUAGAGAGUAUUGCUCCGCACUUGUGUGCCCUUCUUCUUAUAUUCCAAGCUUAAUCCGAAUCAACCAAACUUGCAAAAGGAAAGAAAGAGAUGAUUAG